UCUCUCUCUCUCUCUCAACGUUUCUCUUUCUGUCUCCUUGACGCCAUUCUAUAUAACUCCAUCGCCGAAGAGCUCGUAAGCUUCACACUUGCGUUUUUCCAGUGUUCAAAUAAGGAAACAGAAUAGAAAAAAGUAACCUAAGAAUCAUCGGCGUGAGGAACAGAAGAUCCGAGAGGGAACGAACAAUCGGAAAGUUUCGACAUUUCCGGAAAGAUUUGCCAUUAUCUCUGGCCUCGUCUUCAAGAAUUGUUUUAGGAUCAAAGAUCUGAAGAUUUCGGUUGAAUGGGUGGCUCUUUGUCUUGCCCAUUUGCCGAGCACGACGAUGAGGAAGCUAGUUUGAAAUCUGUCAAAGUGAAAUCCAUAAGUUUUGGAGACGAUGAGUGUAAAACUCCGACAAGAUCUGUCAACUUCAACGACAGAACAAUGGAACCCACGAUUCUGAAAUCUAUGGGAUCUGGGAAAAUGGUUGUGGAAAGAUCAGUUAGCUUCAAAGGGAGGCAACUGGAGAGGAUGAUUUCGUUGAACAGGUCUCUCACAAAAGAAGAUCAUAAGAAAGACAAUGGCUUUGUCUUUGAGAUUGAUCAACUGGGAUCAGACAGGAAGAUGGAGAUUGUCAGAGAAUUGCCCGUUUUGGAUCAGAAAAUCCCGAAACACGAGGCUGCCAUCAAAUUGCAGAAAGUUUACAAAAGCUUCCGCACCAGAAGAAAGCUCGCUGAUUGCGCCGUUCUGGUGGAGCAGAGCUGGUGGAAGCUCUUGGAUUUUGCUGAGCUGAAGAGAAGUUCUAUAUCCUUCUUUGAUAUCGAGAAACAUGAAACCGCGAUUUCUCGGUGGUCAAGAGCAAGGACCAGAGCAGCUAAGGUUGGUAAAGGUUUGUCGAAGAACGGAAGAGCUCAAAAGCUUGCUUUACAACACUGGCUAGAGGCAAUCGACCCAAGACAUCGGUAUGGACACAACCUUCACUUCUACUACAACAAAUGGCUCCAUUGUCAAAGCAGAGAGCCCUUCUUCUACUGGCUUGAUAUUGGAGAGGGAAGAGAAGUAAAUCUCGUGGAGAAAUGUCCCCGAUGGAAACUUCAACAGCAAUGCAUAAAGUACCUUGGUCCGAUGGAAAGGAAGGCCUAUGAGGUGGUUGUGCAAGACGGCAAAUUCUUCUACAAGCAAACUGGAGAGAUUCUUCACACCAAUGCUCCAGAAGAUAUCGAUUCUAAGUGGAUUUUUGUUCUCAGCACAUCGAAGAUGUUAUAUGUCGGGAAGAAGAAGAAGGGUAAGUUUCAGCAUUCUAGCUUCUUGGCGGGUGGAGCCACUGUUGCAGCCGGAAGAUUGGUCAUUGAAAAUGGUGUUCUUAUGGCGGUUUGGCCUCACAGUGGGCAUUAUCAGCCAACGGAAGAGAACUUCAUGGAUUUUCUUGCCUUCCUUCAAGAGAACAACGUGGAUAUCACCGAUGUGAGGAUGAGUCCAACGGAUGAGGAUGACGAGUUCUCCAUUCACAAACAAAGAAGCAGUUGUAUGAGAAACCACUCCUCGGAAGAAGAUUUAACGCAAGGGUUGGACUGUGUAGAAACUUUAAAGAGAUGUACCUCUCGAGACAAACCCGUUUCAAGAAAAGAGGAAACGACUCCGGAGACGAAACGUUCCACGUUUAGGAAGUUGGCAGAUCUUGAAAUACCGAAAAGGGUCGAAUCUUUUGGCAGAUUUGGUGAAGGAAAACGAUCAGUGGAGCCAAAUCCUGACCAAAUCUCUGAAGGGUAUGACUCGGCAGAAGAAGAUGAGGAAGAGAUUCUUGACAAAACAGACCAAAAACCAAAGCCUCUGGACUCGAACUCUACCGGAGAAGAAGAAAAGAGGGAGCGAGGAAUGGUGAAGAUUCCGGAAGAAUCGAUCCGUGAGAGGAUAAAUUCCAAGAACAAAACUAAAUCAUUUCAACUCGGGAAACAACUGUCUUGCAAAUGGACAACAGGUGCAGGGCCAAGGAUCGGUUGUGUAAGAGAUUAUCCGUCUGAGCUUCAGUUUCAGGCACUGGAACAAGUGAACUUGUCUCCAAGAAAUGCAGUAUCAAUCUCCAGGCAUUGUUUCUUGCCUCAAUCUCAUCCUUCCCCUCUGUGGAGAGGUUCUUCACUGCCUGUGGAUAUUACUACACAUCAUGACUGAGAAUUUUACCUUUUUUUUUUUUUUUUUUUUUUUUCAUUUCCCCCUUUUUUUUUUUUU